AUGAACGAUUACACAGCCAAGGACUUGAGUGACAAUGAACCGGAAGACCAUGAAGACAGCGACAAACGUGCAUUUGAUGAGAUGAACAGUCAAAUUCAACUUGUUCUACAAGAUAUGAAAGACAAAUUCCAAACUAUGUCUGAUCAAAUAUUGUCUAGAAUAGAUGAUAUGGGUGCACGUAUCGAUGAUUUAGAGAAGAAUAUUUCUGACUUGAUGAUCCACGCUGGUCUCGAAACUCCAGACAAAUGA